AGUGAGCAACAUCGUGUCUGUGAGAAUAGAAGUAUUGGAAACUGAGCUCUGCCUUUUAAUCUCACGACAUCCUUUUGCGGCUCACAUCUUAUAUAACUUGUUACAUCCGCAAUCAGGUUGUUGAUUACUUUUAAGCAGCAUAAAAAUAACAACAGUCUUAUAUAUGGAUAUAAUUCAAAACAGAUAUGGUUAUUAUUAAUUGAUUCUUUACUCAACAUACUUCGGCAAUAAGCUUUACUGUGAUAAAAUAAAUGUUUUAGUGAGAGGUUAGGUACAAACAUGGAAUAUAAUGUUGGAGAUAAUGAAACAAUAGACACAAAUAGUAGUUUAGAGGAUUACGCAGACUAUUAUACUGCUGAGGAAUUCAAACCAUAUGAAGAAGCUGCUGCUACAAUUUCCUUACUUUUGUUCACAAUCAUAGUUUGUCUGAAUGGAUUUGUGAUUUUUAUCCUCGUCUUUAGAAAACAGAAAAAGAGUCGUCUCUUCUAUUUUGUACUGCAUUUAGCAAUAGCUGAUUUUCUUGUGGGUUUCUGCAGUGUUCUUGGAGAUGGUAUACAGAGUGCAAUGCACAAUGAAUGGUACGGUGGUGACAUCUUUUGUAGACUAUUUCGUUUUAUUUCACCAAUGGCUCUUAUUGCUUCCAAUAAUCUUCUGAUCGGUAUGAGUGUAGACAGAUUUCUGGCAAUCAAAUAUCCACUGAAUGUUGUUAGAAUAGGUGCAUACAGGUAUCUUGACAAAGGUAUGGUAUUUGGGGCAUGGCUUUUAAGUUUGUUGGGAUCAAGCUUUUUCAUACCCUACACUCGAGGAAUCAAUGCAAAUCCGGAUUCUGCUGAUAUGUAUGAACAAAAAGGUUCUUGUAAUAUAGUCAUGCCUGAAAGCUGGUGGAAGCCGUAUAGUUUAAUAGUUGCAGUAAUAAUAUAUGUGUUACCAACAAUCGGUAUAACAGGGUGCUAUGUGGGUAUUUGUAUCGUAGUCUGGAUGAAAUGGCGUUCAAGACUGAAAUUAUCAGAGAUAGAUACCAGUGAAAGCAGUGAUCGACUUCACGGUAAUAGAUCAUUAAGCGAAGGUCUCCUACCAAGGGCAAAGAUAAAGAGCAUUAAAAUGACAUUGGUCGUGUGUUUGGCUUUCUUUAUAUGCUGGACGCCAUAUUUCGUAGUCAUGUUAAUGAACACCUAUCACCAAGGUACAAUUGGAUUCAAAGCUCAUCUGAUAUUUGGCUGUCUAUACCCACUAAACAGUGCCUGUAAUCCUCUUAUAUUCAUGUUAUUCAAUCGCAAACUGUUCAUUUGCGGGCAAAAAGACCAACAGGCUGGGCAAUCGUAUGAAGGCAUGAGCACACAAGUGACGUCAACGUGACUAGGCGCGUUCCUCUGGGUAGUCACUCAGAUCCUACAUGUUCAAAAAACAAGAUCAGAUGAAUUAAGAAACAGAAAUGAAUACAAUUUAUACUAAAGUCUAGCAUAUUUUACCUUUGAGUAGAAUAGAAGUAUCAAAAAUGCUUUGUGUCAUAGAUUAAUGACUAACCAAAACAUUUUUGUUUUCAUGCAAACAUGAAAUGAUUCGCGUGCCUGUAGUAUCAUACGCAAAAUAGUGAAUGUUGCUUCAAAGCGAAAGGGCUCUAAUAAUGUAACAAUUCAAGGACACUAUUCAUUUAACUUAAGCAGAAAAAGUCUUACAAAUUUAAAAAAAAACAAUAUUCUAUUUCAUUUCUUAAAAGAAAUCUAAAAUAGAGCUUUUAAAAACAAAAACAGGUAUAUAUAUGAAUAUGUUAUUUUGAUGAAGGUCAUGUUCUACAUGUUUUAUUGUUUAGUUGAAAAUUAUACAAAUCCAAACACCAAUGGCCUUUUAAAAAUUUCCAUCUUCAUAAAACGAAUAAAGUUCUAGUUAUCAUCACAAAAGUAUGGUUGCUGAUAUCUGCCAUGUCACAACUUCGUCUUGUCGCAGUUGAAAUGGCGACAACACGAAAUAACGAGACAACAACAAAAAUAUAUUUAUCGUUUUAUCGCACUGUUUUUAUCGUUUUGUUAUUGCUUCAUGUAGGCUCCUUAUAAAAAUCUUGAAACAAAUUCAUCCCUCGGAAGAAUUAAUCACAACAAAAUUACAUAAAAACUGCAGACUCGGUUUGAUUAAACAGACAUGAUUAUUUUGGCUAACUUCGGGUGUGUUUAUCAUAUUUUACAAACUGAAAGCAACACCAGGGGUCUUACUGCUGAAGGUAAAAGAUGCAUAGAAUCCAGUAAUUUGAACCCGUUUAGUCUCUUACGAUCACGCAGGGAUUAACGGUGGCUGUAUUUCUGUAAAUAACUGUGAUACAAUGUUUCAUGGAUAUCGAUAUACAAAGAUUAGGCUUGAGCUGGCAGAUUGAAUUGAUCUUUCUUAAACCGGUCGUUUUAUUUAGAUUAGAAGUUCUUUUUUAACAUGUUUAAUUUAUUUUUGUGUCAACAGAUCCAUAAACAAUCGGUUUUCAAUAAAUUAUAUACGCCAUGUACAUUGUAUUUUAACAAAUGAAAUUCUAUAUUAAAUAUUUUAACUUGAUGGUUUUUUAUUAUAGUUGUCUAGAUAACUAGUUUCCUUAUUGUUGAAUCAACAGCAUACAUUUCAUGAUUAUACGAAUUAUUGUUUCUGGCAUCGUCCCUUUAAAACAUUUCACCACGCACGUGUCUGUCAAAUAAAAUGUUACAAAGCA